AUGUCUUCCAAGACAAAGAAAAUUGGAAUGUCGGGGCAUCCCUCUACCCUGCCUAACGGCAACAAUGUAGAACUCGAUAGCAUCGCUUCAAUUAGUGCGACGCUAGCAGACGUACAAGACCGAAUGCGCCGCUACCAUCGCAGGAGCCGUCGUGUCCGAUUUUCUAAUGGCGACGGGAUAGAAAGCAUCGAAGUCCUCGUAAAGUUCAUCGCCUCCACUCAGAAGUGUCUAGAGGCCCACUGCGAACAGCUGGAGAACAUUCGCUCCUAUAUGCAGGACAAAAAUCUCGAUAUCGUCAGUGAUCAUAUGGGAGCAGUGAACAAGCACAUUGUCGCUAUAAAAGGGCAGAUGGAAGAGUCGGUGCGAGUUGCGUCACUGCUUCAAGUGCGCCUUGAACUCCUACAGAAUGACCACAUCCAGCUUGUACAGGCCAACCAGAGGAAUGCUAAGAAAGCCUUGCCAAGUACGCAGGAUGAGGAGGAGCCCCGCGAAGCGCCCCGGGAAGAGCCCCGAGAGGAGCCGAGAAGAACAGUGGAGUAUAAGGAAUAUUUCAUGCGAAUUCUCCGCAUCGUCGCGCUCUUAUUUAUGACUUACCUAGGCUACCGCGACGUAAUAUUUUAUGAGGAGGAAUAA